CCUGUUUGACGUUAUUUAUGUCACAGAUGUCAUAAAAGCGCAUUCUACUGUUUUCUACUGUCUCGUUACAGGGUACGUUUAUUUAGGAACAUGGCUGAUGGUGACACGCAGAGGGAGGGGGACGUGGUGGAUGCCAGCCUCUUCAAAUUGUGGAAACAAGCAAAUGCAGGAAAGGGUAAGACCAAGGAAACGAACAGCAGCAGACCAGAAGCCUCUGACUCUUACCGCUACAAGAUGGACUACCCAUGCAUCGGCACCUGUUUGGUUAUCAACAACAAGAACUUCCACCCAACAAUAGGGAUGAGCACUCGUGAUGGCACAGAUGUUGAUGCUGCCAAUGUUGAGAACACCUUCAGUAAGCUGGGCUACAAGGUCAAAGUGCACCAUAACCAGACUGCGGCGCAGAUGAAGAAACUAAUGCUAGAUGCAUCCAAAGAGGACCACAAGAACAAUGCAUCAUUCGUGUGUGUGCUGCUUAGUCAUGGAGAUGAGGGUGUGAUUUACGGCACCGAUGGCCCCGAAAGGUUCGAUACCCUGGCAAAGUGCUUCAGAGGAGACUACUGUGCGGGUCUGGUGGGGAAGCCAAAGCUCUUCUUCAUUCAGGCAUGCCGUGGUACAAACCUGGAUGAGGGAGUCAUUGAGACCGACAGUGUAGGAGACGAGCAGACGUCUGAGAAGAUUCCUGUGGAGGCCGACUUCUUAUACGCCUAUUCCACCGCUCCAGGAUACUACUCAUGGAGAAACACAACCUACGGCUCCUGGUUCAUACUGAUGUUGUGUGAGAUGUUGGAGCGCUACAGUGGGAAGCUGGAUCUGAUGCAGAUCAUGACGCGAGUCAACUACGGUGUUUCACGCUACUUCGAGUCCUCCAGCAACCUGCCUGGCUUUGGUUGCAAUAAGCAGAUCCCCUGUAUCGUCUCUAUGUUGACCAAAGACUUUUACUUCCCCGUCUAGAUUUACAUGGUUGAACCUCAAUCAUCUUUGUUCUCCUUGACCAAAUGCAAAGUCUGGUGCUGUGCUGCAGCUGAUGCAAAGCAGGAUGAUAGUGAUUUAAAUGUGACUAAACCCAUUUGCACAAUUGGCACUUAGAUUAGUGAUACUUUCAUUGAUUUUAGUGUUUUAGUGUUGGAUGUAUGUUUGUAUUAAAGUGAAAA